AUGGCUGCUAGGACAAUCAUAAGUGAGCUUCGACAGGGGACACACACUCAACACAAUCAUAACCCCCUUGCUAGAAAAGAAAUUGCUGAUGCGGAAGAUGACUUUGGUUUUGUAUAUGGGGAUGAUGAGGAGAACGAUAACGGUUUUCAGACAUCAAGUGAGGAUGGUGAGGAGGAUGAGGAAAACGUGGAGGAUGAGGAGGAUGAGGAAGAUGAGGAAAACGUGGAGGAUGAGGAGGUCGAGGAAAACGGGGACGAGGAUGAAAAUGACCAGGAGGACGAGGAAGAUGAGGUAUCAGUGGAGGAGACCACAACCAAGCCACCACCCCCUAACACCAAAGGAAAAGGAGCUGUGGCGAUUAAAGGAAAAGGCAAAGCAUCACCACAGAAACGCAAGACCUCUUUGCCGGAACCAGAACCAGAACCACACCCUAUUAGUAAGAGGCUAAGGCUAAGGAAGAAAACAUAA